UCUGUAGUAUUUCUAUUUUUCAUUUCAACGAACAGCAUUAAUUAGAUAUAAACAGUGAAGUUUUGAGACAUACUGUCGUAGUUUGGAGGUUAGAAUCUUGUGACGUUUCAUGAAAUACUAAUGUAAGUGACUCAUUUCUAGCUUGAUUGCCAUUGUUUUAGAAAUUCAACAGGAUCUUUGUUAUUUACCGUUGAAUAAUAUUUUGUAUAUUGCACCCUUGUCAGUAAUAUAAUAAUAUUUUUAGAAAUAUGCUCUGUUUUGAAUGUUACUCACCGUGAUAACAGAUAAAAAGGAAUUACAAAUAAGGUGUUAUCGUUUAGUAGAUAAGUGAUUACAAGUUACUGACCUCAGUCUUGUAAAUUUUUCAAGAGAAAAAACUAGGAAUAGAAAGGAAUGUUUGUUUUUAUUAUAGCCUUCAUCAUGCCUAUAAUGUACUGUGUGGUAUCCCGAGGGCUUACUGUGCUCGCAAAGUUUGCCUCUUGCGAUGGAAACUUCGAGGAAGUCACAGAGAAAGUCCUUGCCAAAAUCUCUCCACAAAACGAUAAGAUGACGUAUUCUCAGGGACCUUAUUUGUUUCAUUAUAUCUCUAAUAAUAAUAUUAUCUAUAUGUGCAUCACAGAUGACGCUUUCCAAAGAUCUAGAGCAUUCCUAUUUCUCACAGAAAUCAAAAGACGAUUCUUGGCUAUGUAUGGGCAAGGGGCACAAACCGCGGUAGCAUACUCAAUGAAUUCAGAAUUCAGUAAAAUUCUGGCCAAUGAAAUGAGGUAUUACAGUGAGUCGAAUCGUGAGAUUGACAUGAUAUCCAAAGUUCACGGUGAAUUAGAUGAAUUGAAAGAUAUCAUGGUACAAAACAUUGAUAGUGUAUCAAUGCGGGGAGAACGGUUAGAGUUACUCGUAAACAAAACGGAAAAUUUAACUGCCAAUUCGGUCACGUUUAGGAAAACGAGCAGAAAUUUAGCGCGCUCGUUAUUCUGGAAGAACGUUAAAAUCUAUGUGAUCAGUGGCGCGAUAGUUAUUGUUACUAUAUACCUUAUUGUGUCUAUUUCUUGCGGUGGUUUGGCUUGGCAAAAAUGUGUCGGAAAUUAAGUUUGGUACAUUACAACGUUCAAAGUAACUCGCAUGAUAUUCGACGAUCUCGUUCGAUUCAAUGUGUCGAUCGGUCGUUGCACGGAGAAAUAUUUCUGAUUAAAGCGUCGUGAAAAUUUAACUAUCGGUUCACUCUGUAUAUAAAAAACUGAAAAAUCGAUGUUCGACUUUGUAAUAAGCAUAUAGAGAAACGGACACAAAUAUUAUUAGGAGAAUUAUAUAUAUAUAUAUAUAAAUAUAUAACGCUUAUAUUAUUUUUAUUAUAUUAUCAGGAAGAUACCGAUAUCGUUUAUAUACUCUAAGCGAUGAAAAUAUACUUUUACCGCCGCCUAUGUAUAUUGUAUCAUAUAAAUGCGUUCCACGAACGAAUAAAACAAUGCAUUA